AUGUCCAGGAAGCGGGUGGCCAUCGUCGGUUCUGGCUGCUCAGGCAUUGCUGCACUGUGGGCCCUGAACUCAACAGCUCACGACGUAUACCUCUACGAAGCCACCGACCGUUUCGGAGGACACACCAACACAGUGGACUGGCGACGUGGUAAAUAUACUACCAAGGUUGACACUGGUUUUAUUGUCAUGAAUACCGCGACAUAUCGUGAGACACAACCCCGCCUCCCCAGCAUGCCCUCGAAUAAGGCUCCCAACUUUCUGAAUUUUCUCAGUGACGUUGGUGUGGCCACUGUACCUACGCAGAUGACUUUCAGCGUCUGCCGCGAUCGGGGGUCUUUUGAGUGGUCUGGUAGCAACUUGGAUGCGCUCUUCUGCCAGCGCCGCAAUCUAUUCUCUCCACGUAUGUGGCGUCUCGUAUUUGAUGUCUUCCGUUUCAACCAGUUCGCACUGGAUCUCAUCAGAGACGACUACGACUCGCCACAUGGGGCCGCAUCCGACGAAUCCAUUGGAGAGUAUCUUAUACGCGAGGGCUACUCAGAAGCCUUCCGAGAUGACUACCUCAUUCCCAUGACCGCCGCUGUGUGGAGCACCAGCCCGGAUAAGUGUUCACUUGAGUUUCCAGCCACGACUCUGGUUCGUUUCUUGUGGAAUCACCAUCUUCUGUCGACCGUGGCCCGCCGCCCUGAUUGGCUCACGAUCGGCAUUGGCUCCAAGGCGUAUAUCGAUGCUGUCUUGAAAGACUUCCCUACAAGCCAUCUCUUCCUCAACACACCUGUGCGGUCCGUUGAAAAUGAGCCAGAUGGCCGUGUCCGCAUGCGUCUAAGUAACGGACAGUCUGAGGUCUAUGACCACGUCAUUUUGGCCACGCACGGAGACGAGGCUUUCGCUAUUAUCAAAGGUUCGGCCACCGACGAAGAGAAAGACAUCAUGUCUUGUUUUCACACCUCCCAAAACAACGUUGUGUUGCACUCGGACACAUCCCUGCUCCCGGUGUCCCGUAAAGCCUGGGCAAGUUGGAACUAUCUUUCCCACACCUCACCAACAAGGCAGGAAAACACUGUCGUUGACCGCGUGUCCUUAACAUACAAUAUGAAUGUCUUACAACACAUCCCAAGAGAAAUUUUUGGCCACGUCCUUGUGACGCUCAAUCCGCCAUCGGAGCCAGACAGCAGCACCGUACAGGGUCGUUACAGAUACAAGCACCCACUAUUCACUGUGGCAGCCGUGCGCGCCCAGAGGCUUCUGCCGCGUAUUCAAAACACGCGCGGCAUCAGCUACGCUGGAGCAUGGACCAAGUACGGCUUUCACGAAGAUGGUUUCAGUAGUGGUUUGGCUGUAGCAGCUCAGCAUUUGGGCGCGACGGUUCCUUUUGAUUUUGUUGACUCUACAUACAGCCGUGGGCGCAGUCCAGCACCCGGGCUUGUUGACAGGUUACUGCGCAUCGUGCUGUGGACUGUGCAGAUGUGUUUGGUCGUAACGUUCGAAAGGCUGUUUGGCGUCUCGCGGGCAUACCAACGCAAUUACAAACCCGACCAGGGGGAUCGCAGCAUUGCACGUAAUGCGAGAGCCAAGAAGUUUGCGUGA